CUCGCGCAGGAUGUUGGAGAGCGAAAGUGUUCCUCUCAUGCCGGGGUGCCUGUCGGAGAAGGCUCCGAUUGGCUGGCUGCACUGACAGCUCAACCGUUGAUUGCAGGAGGAGAAGCCCGACCCCUUUCACUCUUCUAGGGGACCAUUCAUAAACUACACAAGUCCUGCUCGCACAGCUGAGUGUGGACAACAGCGGGCAAGGUAUAGCAGAAUAACGCGCAGGUUUCACGGUGCCACGGAACGGACAAGGAGAGAUGAGUGGUCACGACCAGAGGUUUAUCCUUUAGGGUCUGCAGGAGCGAGGACACAAACGGUAUUAUACACUGAGCCCACCCCAUUUUGGGGCUGCCUACUGCAUUUGAAUUGGACUGAAAUUUAGUAGCCUAUUACGUUGCAUCCCUAUCCGUUUCCUCUCGACACUGUCUGACGUCCAUCCGCUGUGAAAGCAACAAAAGUUUUAUUAUAUAAUUUUUUCAUUGCUGGGGGAAGAGCGUUUUGCCUCUGGCUUUACCCGUAAGCAUUGGAUCCGUCAACGUACUGCGAAUCUCCGGUGUACAGCCCGGACCUCUGCCCAAACAUGAUCGCGACGCAGGCGAAGCUGGUCUAUCAGCUCAACAAAUAUUACAGCGAGAGAUGCCAAACUCGAAAAGCGGCCAUUGCAAAGACUAUCCGGGAGGUAUGUAAGGUGGUUUCGGACGUCCUGAAGGAGGUGGAGGUGCAGGAGCCCCGGUUCAUCUCCUCCCUCAGUGAAAUAGAGGCUCGUUUCGAGGGGAUGGAGGUCAUAGCCCCUAACGAAUUUGAGGUGGUCCUCUACCUCAACCAGAUGGGAGUGUUCAACUUUGUAGACGAUGGUUCUCUGCCCGGUUGUGCCGUGCUGAAGCUGAGCGACGGCCGCAAAAGGAGCAUGUCUCUCUGGGUCGAGUUCAUCACUGCCUCGGGCUACCUCUCCGCCCGGAAGAUUCGCUCACGGUUUCAGACUCUGGUAGCGCAAGCGGUGGAUAAGUGCAGCUAUCGCGACGUAGUAAAAAUGGUUGCAGACACCAGCGAAGUGAAACUAAGGAUUCGGGAGAGGUAUGUGGUUCAGAUUACCCCCGCGUUCAAGUGUACAGGGAUAUGGCCUAGGAGCGCAGCCCAGUGGCCCAUGCCUCAUAUCCCCUGGCCUGGUCCUAACCGGGUGGCCGAGGUCAAGGCCGAGGGCUUUAACCUCCUAUCCAAAGAGUGCUACUCGUUAACCGGGAAACAGAGCUCUGCUGAGAGCGACGCCUGGGUCCUGCAGUUCAGCGAGGCAGAGAACAGGCUCCUGAUGGCUGGAUGCAGGAAGAGAUGCCUCUCAGUCCUGAAGACCCUCCGCGACCGUCAUCUCGAGCUGCCAGGUCAGCCCCUGAACAACUACCACAUGAAGACCCUGUUGCUGUACGAGUGCGAGAAACACCCAAGGGAGACCGACUGGGAUGAGUCCUGCCUCGGGGACCGACUCAACGGAAUUCUGCUCCAGCUCAUCUCAUGUUUGCAGUGCCGCAGAUGCCCCCAUUAUUUCUUACCAAAUUUGGACCUGUUUCAGGGGAAGCCCCACUCGGCCCUGGAAGCUGCUGCCAAGCAGACGUGGAGACUAGCGAGAGAAAUACUCACUAAUGCAAAAAGUUUGGACAAAUUAUAAACUGUCUACUUGUGAUGCUAUUGCUAUUUAGGGCCGAGAUUACAUUUUGAGAUUAUGACACUUCAGAGUGGAGGAAGACGACGUGAUCUUGGUUUCUCCGAGCAAUGUGAAACAAAUGUAAAACUAAAAACAAGCAAACAAAAAAAAACUUUUUACAAUGGAGUGAAAUGGAACAUUGCAGAGAAAGUGAAGGUACAUUUUAAGCUAAUGUAAUACUUUUUUGUUGUUUUGUUUUAAAUGUUUUCACAAAGUGAAGAGACUUUUAUUUAAAAUUAUAUGCACAAAAUCUUUAAGUGAAAGAAUGAAAAUGUAGCGUGCCAAGUUCAAAUUUUUCAUUA